AUGUCACAGCGAACUCCUUCAGCCGAACCUCGCGAGGCAUUUCUUGCUCUUGAGGCAGUGGAAGGUCUGCUGGAAAGUCACGCGGCAGAGUCGGACGAUGAAGAGAUUCCGCCUCUACGCUUUGAUCGUCAUCCAGCUUCAUCCUCUACUCUAGCAGCGAAGAGCUCUCAACGCUUCGGAUCUGGCGCUUCGUCGCCGCAAGAUGCGCUCAACAACUUGGGACGCAGUCCCUCGCCUCUGAGAGAUGGUGCGAGAAGUAGCAUACAUCCCAUCACGGAUCCGAGGGUAUCGGCAUUUGGAUUUGCUGUCACAGACGCGACCACUGCUCAGGGACCUGUCAACCAUGACAGAGCGCCCAUCCGCAUAGAGCUGGAUGAUGAGUAUGCAUUCGAUGUGGACGCCGAUCUGGCUAUGGCGGAGGGAGAGCAGCAUGGCGAAGCGCAGCUGCCAGAUGAGCAGGAGCAGGAGCAGCCCCCUAUGGAUUUGGACGAGCAAGAAGCCGACGAUGACGAUGCAGGCUCGGACAUUGGCGAACAUCUCGCUAACCUGAGACGUGCUGCUGCCCAACUACGUGACGCGAUGGUCGGGGAAGAUGGAGAUGGGGAGGCGGAUGAAGAGCAACAAAGUCCCGUCAAUGCACAGUAUCCAGCUGUAGCAGGUCCAUCAGUCGCCCAAAAUGGCGGCGAGCCGAGCGACGUUGGCGAGCGCCUUGCUUUGCAUGGAGUCGGCCGUAGAGCGCCAGCAGCUCAGUCUUCGAGCGAGAGAGAGGUGGAAGCCCGAGCUGUGGCGACCACGUCGACACCUGGGGCGCAAUUCGAUGCCCUCAUCGGCAUGGACGGCAUUCCAAAGUACAUCCCUGCAGGCACAUUCGGCGCGACUGCCAUGAACGGGGAGAGCAUCAGAUUUGAGCGACGCAGACGCAUGCGAGGAUGGAAAGUGAGUAAUGCUUACACUUUCAAAGCGGUCGCAACCGAUUCGCUGAUAAACUUCGAGAGAUUCUUCUCGUUCACAUUGGCGGGUCUAGUCCGCACCGCCGCACUUUGGAAAGGGUAGCACAGGUCUCCUAUCCGAACCAGCUUACAGACUGAUACAGAAGGCGGAAAUGGCAGCUGCGGAAGCCGUCGUGCAGAAUGACGAGCGCUUGGCCGCGAGAAGAGCCAAGCUAGCCGCAGCUCAAGCAAAAAGGAGCGCCAAUGCGAUCGAGCAAGGUGGCGUGUGGGUGGAAAAGUAUCGACCCAAACGCUACACCGAAUUGCUCGGCGAUGAUCGCACCCAUCGCGACGUCAUGUCUUGGCUCAAAUCCUGGGAUGCUUGCGUCUACAAACGCAAAGCCAAGAAGCGCGUGCGUGAUGAGAUUCAUAAUGGUGCGAGCAGCUCUGGAUCAGGGUACUACGCUCGAAGAACCGAAGCGUACAGCGAUGCGUGGAACAGACCUGAGCAGCGCAUCUUGUUGCUCUCUGGUCCACCUGGACUCGGCAAGACUACGCUAGCCCACGUUAUUGCCAACUCUUGCGGCUAUGCGGUGCACGAGCUGAACGCUAGCGAUGCUCGAAAUUCCGCUGCGAUCGAGGAUAGGGUCAAGGUGGCUCUCGAAAGUGGCGCGGCGCUCGGAGAUCAUAGACCUACUUGUGUGGUGAUCGAUGAGAUUGAUGGAGCUACGGGAGGCAGCGGAGAAGGGCCUAGCUUUAUAAAGAGUCUAGUAAAAUUGGUAGAGGUUGGAAAUGCUAUCGGUGCUGCGAACAAAGGCAGGGGCAAAAAGAAGAAGCAACAAAGACCUUUGCUGAGGCCUAUCAUUUGCAUCUGCAACGACUUGUGAGUGGGUGACCCUGAUGCACCAGACCAUCGAGUGCUGACUUGACGUGCUUCGCUCCCGUGAUCAUCAGGUAUGCGCCCGCCUUGAGGCCUUUGCGACCACUCGCGAGACUCGUCCGGGUCGGCAAACCAGCAGCGAACCACCUUGUGGCGAGGCUGAGGACAGUGUGCGAAGCAGAAGGUCUAUCGACAGAUACGAGGGCGCUCAACCUUCUGGUCGAACUCACCGACUGCGAUGUGCGCUCCUGCUUGAAUGCAUUGCAGCUGGCAAAGGCCAAAGGCAACACGCUCGAGGCUUCGCAGGUUAGGGACAAGGAAGGCAAUGGACUAGCAGUCAAGGAUGGCGGUAGUUCUACCGCCAAAGUCUUCGAACUGCUUUUCCGCACGCCUACGCCCAAGGAACGAGCUAGAGGGAUCGAAGCUAAGGACGGGCACGAAACGAUGAGCCGCAUCGUGGAUGAGGUGACUUCCUGCGGAGAGCAAGAAAGACUGCUUCAUGGGUGUUUUGAACAUUAUCCGACACUGAGAUUGGUCGAUGACGGCUUUCUGCGGUUCAAAAAGAUACACGACUGGAUGGCUUGGAAUGAAGCCGUGCAUGCAAAAGGUUGGGAAUUGGCCACGCAUGAAUUGGCGGGCUACCUGCCAUGGGCUUUUGCUCCCUGGCACUUUUUGUUUGCCAACACUGCGAAUGAGUUGCCGGGAUUUGCAAAGGUCGAUUACCAGGUAGGUCGGGCUCGGAGAGCGCUUGUUUGCAUCACCCCGUUGCGCUUCUGACUCGAGAUUCCUACUUUCCGUCUCAGAAUCACCUCAAGCGCACGGCGUUCAAUGAGAUCGCGGCCGAGCUCUACACGUCUUUGCCACCUGGUCUCAGGAUCAUGUUUGGCAAAGAGGCAGUCGUCACAGAACUCGGACCGUCUUUGAUGCGCAUGCUUAGUCCCGACUUACGUCCAGUGAGUUCGAUUCUCGCUUUGUACUACCCAAUCGGUGCCAGAAGUUGACACCUUCUGAAUCUGCCGCACAGAUCAAUGCGCAGAUUACUCGACCCGGAGAGAAGGAGACCUUAGCUGCUGUCGUUCAGAUCCUCAUAUCGCUAGGCUUGUCUUUGCAACAGGACAGGACGGAAGAGGGUCAACUGAUCAUGCGCCUCGAACCGGCUCUAGACGCUUUUGUGCAAUACGAAGGGAAAAGAUCCAAAGAGGUUGGACCUGCAAGGUAUGCUAUUCGCUCGGCCAUUGCGAAGGAGGUCGAGGCUGUCAAGAUGCGCAUCAAGUCCUUGGGUGCGAGCGCAGCCGUGGACGCAAUGGGCCAGCCUGUGAGGCACGAAGAGCUCGCUGCCAAAUCGGCCGCGGGCGCAAUCGCGGUCUACAAAAACAGCAGAGAUCCUACGCUGCUCGACUCAGGCGCACUUUCCAGCACCUCCUCCUCCUCCACACUUACAACGACGACGCGCAAAGUCGCCGUGGAUUUCUUUGGUCGCAAAAUAAUUCCCACCGUAGCACCUCCAGCUCGCGUUGCUCCUGAAAAGUUGGCAGAGAUCCGAUCGGAUCAAGCAGCUAUUCGGGAGACGGAAGCGCAGGUGGCCAAGAAGAAGGCUGCGGCUGCUCAACAGGCUGCACCUUUGCCGUCCCUCUUGCUCGAGAGGCGCGCUGCGAGAGCUGCUGCUGAAGGUGCUGCCAAUCCGCAUGUUCGCUUGCCACCUGCAACCGGAGGAGCACCCGACGCUAAGAGACAGCGAUUGCAAGCAGCGUGA